AUGGCGCAUUUCAUAGAUAAUCUUAGACAGUUCUUUGAAGAGUUUUUAAGAUGUAUUAGGGAAGCAGUUGCGGGGCUGAGUUCAGAAUACGAACCAAGUCGUGUGGACAGCCUGUUAUACAGGCUAUCGGAAUUUGAAACCACACUUGGAUUAAUUUCAAGUCGUGUUGGAGAAUAUGACACUGAUGACAGCGUUGAUCAGUUGUUGCAAGACCUGGAAUGGCUCUUAGCCACUGUGCGUCUUAUAAAAACCAGAUAUCAAGAUAGGCAUGUUGAAUCGAACACCUCUUCCGAUAUCGAAUCGCCACACCACAGUUGUCCUGUUGCACAUUUGUUGUUCAGCAACUGCGUGAAGAAUCCAUGAAAUGGGUAAACAUUGCAAGAAUUCUUGGAAUUUCACCCAAGACUUUGAUUCGAUUUGAAAUGCCCAUUGGUGCUGCCUUCACAUGUCUUGAAGAUGGUAAUUUAGACGGACAU